AUGCCCUCCGCGUACCCGCAGCGAGCCCUGACGGUGCUGCUGCUCUUCGGGACCCUGUCCGCCGCCAUGGCCCUGCUCUCCUCCAGCCUCAUCUUCCAGCUGCCCUCGGGCCGGGCCGCUCCCGGUGCCGGUGGCGGUCGCGGGGCGCUCCCGGAGCCGGUGGCCGCCGCUGUGCUGCCGGUGUCGGCCGUGCUGGCCGCGCUCUGCCUGGUGCUCAACGUGAGCUGCCUCCUGCUCUGCCUCCUCCACGGCUACUGCAGCACCGAGCUGGGCCGGGGCCGGCCCGGGCCCGAGCGGGCAGUCUGGUUCCUCCUGGACAGCCGGAGCGUCCGGCACGCGGCCAUCGGCCUCUUCUGCUGCGGGGUCUGCCUCUACCUCACAGCCCUGGCCCUGCUGAUGCUGCUGCUGUUCGAGCCGCAGGCCGGGAUCGCCAGCGCCUGCGUCCUGACCUCGGGCAUCCUGGUCCUGCUGCUCUCCCUGCUCCACGCGCUGCUCCGCGCCUCCCGCGUGGCCCAAAUCUCCCGAAUUCCGCCCAUUUCCCGAGGCCCGGAGCCUCCCCAGGCCCUGUACGAGAACGGCUCCGCCCAGCGCGGCCCCGGCAGCGACCUCGGCAGGGACGGGGCUGCUGCUCCCCGGCGCCGCCCCGGAGAAACCCCCCGGGAAUUCUCCUUCCCAGCCCUCCUGGAGGGCAGAUCCCGGCCGGGCUCGGCCUCCAGCAGCAACCCGAGCUCCAGGAGCAAGGAACUCCCCAGGGAAUCCCAGAGCAAGGAAUUCCCCCGGGAAUGCCAGGACUGGUCCCGGACCCACAGGACGCUGCUGGAGCCAGGGCUGCUCCAGGAGCAGGGAAACCCUUGGAAUGUCACCAGCGGGGAGAUGAGGGACGCGGUGUCCCACAGAGCCACCAAGGACUCCACGCUGGUCUGAGGGAAACUCGGGGUUUUCCUGGAGGAGGAGCUGAUGGUUUUCCACUGGUUUGGGUUUUGGUUUGGUUUUUUUGUUUUUCCUGGAAAAAUUCCUUUCUCCACAGCCCAAAUCCCAGUGCUGCCUGCCCGGGGAACCCAAACCCACCCCAGCCGUGGGAGAGCAUCUGGGAAAUGGGGAGCAGGAAUUGGGGUUUUCACCAGCAGAAUUUCAGCCUUUCCCAGCAGA